AUGGACGAGAGGCCCGCGGCAGCGCCUGCAACAGGGCUAGUCAAAUGUACCAUAUGCGAACUGUCCUUCACCUCGGCGAGUGAGAUCGGAGCACAUUAUAAGGCAUCUCCCAUACAUCCAACUUGUGGGCGAUGUGGGAACUGCUUCCGGGAUAUGACCGAGCUGCUGCAGCACCUUCAAGCUGCGCACGCGGAGGAAAUCUGUGUUUGCGGAAUGUCCGUCAAAAUGGACGAAUUGUAUCUACACUACCAGAGUGCAUCGUGCCACCCCAAAUGCCCCGCUUGCAAUGCGGCCUUCAAGGACGACGCUGGGUUAUUGACGACUAGUCCGAUUGCACAGCCUGUGAAGACCAAGGAAGAGUUGAAGAAGGAGAAGAAGGAGAAGAAAGCGAUGAGGGCGGUGCAGAUGCAGAAAAAUCGGUGCGAAUACUGUAACAAAGGAUUCACAAAGAAGAAGGGGCUCAAGAAACACAACCACAAGACCUCCUUGCACCCGUGCUGCACGCUCUGCGAUGUGGGCUUCGCCUUAUAUAAAGACUACACCGCGCACAUGGCUGCCAAGCAUCCGUCUGCCAUGGUCCUUCCCCCGCUUCCCCCGCGUCUAUCAGUGCCGGUUUCGGCUGUCGCUGGAUCAUCAACUACUGCGGUCCGUACAGAGUCGGAGUCACGCGACAUGCGGAGCAAGCCUGAGGAGGAGGAGGAGGAGGAGGUAUUUCCUUUUAGCUGCUCGGAAUUGGUUGGUCAACGCAUCGAGUCCAACGGCGGAAGCUCGGCAUCAGUGCCCGAUAGAGAGGGGGCGGACGUCCACGCGCCAAUCCUAGACACAAGCCCAUCAAUUCUUGAGGCUAACAACGAGGGAGGCCCUCUCGCGCAAUUUGAGCCGACAUCGGCGGAAUACCGCGCGAACAGCAUGGUAGUCACAUUGGCCGACGAACUGCAGGUCCACGCGUCUGAGGUCGACGACAAAGACGACGCCGAAUCGACCAUAUCGCUUGAGUCCUUACGUUCAAUUUCGUCGACAAGUAUAGAGGAAGAGAACCUGCCUGUACGACGACCUCAGGCUGAAGCACACUUGAACUCGUUCCUCGAAGAGGUCGGGCCGGCCGUUAAUGAGAAGGCGGUGCAAUGCGAGGUAUCCGAUGAAAUCGAGGAGGACGACUUCGAGCAUGUCGAGGCGGCCGAGCGAUCGCCCGAUGGUGGUGACCGUAAAAUGCAGAGCCGGCCAGACAGUGUGAUCAGCUAUAUCACGGCGAUCGACUCAAACCCCGACCGAGACCAUUAUGUCGGCUCUACAGCCACUCUGGAUGACCACGGUGUCCAUCAAGUCCCUGCUAGUCCCAAUGCACCGUCGCUCUCGCUGUCUGAUGGCGAACGAGACCAACGAGACCACGGUCUGUCCACUGGGCCGUCAAGUACCCGGUCAUCAAGUAUUGGAUUUCCCAGCACUGAGUACGAGGCGGCUCUCCGCCUCGUUUCACGGCGGCCACUCGAAGCUAUGCUUGGCUCUGAGGCGUCGGACAUACACUCCGUCCGCUCAGCCCCAGGAUGCAGCUCAGCAUCCUCGAUGACGGAGGAGGAAGUCUCGUCUGUGACGGAGUCCACAGCCACUACCGCGGCCAAUGGGCAAUCAGUGCCUGCUACUUCCAACGCCGCCGUGACCACAUCACAGGUCCGACCUCAGGCUCCAGGCCCAUCGUGGCACUGUCGAAGCUGUGGAAAGGACCCGUGCGAGGAGCCGACCGCGACGCAAUGCGGACAUAUCUUCUGCUAUAGUUGCAUCGUGAAGGAGAUCGCGGAGAAGAUGCACUGCCCUGUGUGCCAUAAGCUCUUCCUCCUGAGACUCAACGUCUCACCUUGA